GUGGAUAACGACACAGAAUUUGAUGAAUAUGCCGGGAUAUUCGACCCUGUGUAUCACAUCCCACCACUAAUAUGUGCUGUUAUUAUCAUUGGAUUAAACGCAUGGGCAAUUUCAUUGGUGAAAACAUUUCCCAACCUACAGACAAACAUGAACCUCCUCCUUAGUAGCCUGGCCUUUUCCGAUCUCCUCACCGGGUUACUUAGCAUACCAUCACACGUAGCUUGUGACAUCAUAAGGAAGACUCCAGUUUGCGUUGCGUCCCAACUGAUGAUGAGGUUCACAUCGGUGUCUACAAUCUCCCACUUGCUUGCCAUCACCAUAGACCGCCACAUCGGUGUAAAGCACUCGCUGCGCUAUAACGUAGUUGUGACCAAACGGAGAGUUUUCAUUGCUUCAGCUUUCAUAUGGUGUUCCUCUAUUUUCACCUCUCUUAUUCAGCUCGCUUGGAUAAACUACAAAAGAGAGGAUGUCGAUGAGGUGGAUGAUGACAUCAUGAAACAUGAAAUCCGUUAUGACGUCACUUUGCUGAUACUAUACUUCUUGCUGCCUUUUGUGAUCAUGACAGUUGUUUAUGCCGACAUUUUCAUGGCAAUUUUGCGUCAAUAUCGUCACAUAAAGCGUUACAACAAUCCCGGAUGGCUGGAGACUAAGAGACGAACUCACAGUGAAUGGAGAGCAGUAAUCAUAUUUUCUAUAAUGUUGCUUGUGUUUGUGAUUUGCUGGUUGCCUUUCUUUGCUCUUCGCGUUCACGAUAACCUUGGUUACGACAUUUUUGAAAUUCCCCCCAUACUUCUUUAUCUUUUUAUUUAUCUGAGGUUUUUUACCUCCAUAUUUAAUCCAUGUGCUUUUAUUCUUGCUAAACGAGACUUUCGUCAAGCGAUCAGUGCUUCACGAAGGAUCCUUUUUACACGGCUGAGAUCAAAUUCCCUGCACUCAUCUGUAAAGACAACUACUGUUUAACACGACUUAAGCCCUGAAUACUAGUAUACACAUUCCUCACACCCUUUCCACACAUCUCCUUUGGUGCCAAGAAGGAACAAUGGUACAAACAUGGAAUCUUUGGGCGUUGGCCAGGAUAAGUGAAUUUCACUAAAGUUAUUCUUAGAGGUUGUGAUUAAAAGGAAGUCUAAUUCUUGAGACGUCCGCACAUGUUAAUCGACUGUUUUACGUCAUCAAGUUCACUCGCGACUGUCUCAUAGCAAACGGUGCAGAAAAUUGUAACGGUCACUGUUGAAUUCUCCCCUGAAAAAAAGGUUUCGGACUUCUCGCUUCGAAAACCAUCUUCCGAACUUUCAAGCGUUUAAUUGGUCCAAAAUAACUUUGGUGAAAUUCACAUGUCCCAAGGGCUAGACUGGGCGUUUCCUCUGUUCCAUUAUCCUCUCUUGCUGGUGCUGAUAACAAAUCUCGUUAAUACGGACAAUGAAGGAGCCACAAAAAGUGUCCGUAUUAUUAGACUCUAAGACGAGUACGACUACGAGAACGAAAUUUUGUCAAAACUAAGUAGUGCUAGCGCGUGAACCAGCGUCAUUUUGGCGGGAAAACGUGUUAGCCGUCGUCACUCUACUACGAGUUUUAGCGAGAAUGUCGAAGUGGCGGGAACAAGAUGUCAUGUGUUAGAAGUUUUAUCAUUUUUCGAUCUGGAGGAGGCGUAACCUCCUUCACUAAAGAUAACUGUUUUAACUUUUCUAGUGAAAAAUGGUAAAAUGAAGCUCUCCGGGAUAUCUAUAUUUUGAGAAUACGCGAAAAACCUUUCAGUGAAAUCUCGUACUCGUAGACGCUCUCGUCCUCGAAUCUAAAGUCUUUUGAAUUCAAUAGUAGAAAAUACUAAGGGAAUAAACGAGGAUAUCGUCGAGUUAAACAUCUCUAACCUUCACAAAGCCCUUUUUCUGCGGGCUAAAUCCACGAAAACACUCAAAAAUUGCUUAUCUAUGUAUUUCUUAAUCAGAACUGUCCUCUGCAUAACUCUAAUAAGGAAGCCAAAAUAGUCUAAAAUUAGCGACUAUAAAUCGUCGUAUCAGGUGUACUAUAGCGUUGGGAAUAUCGAAAUACUCUCAACUGGAAGGAAAGUUAUAUUACAGAAAAAUGUUGAUAAUUAAGUGUUUGUAUUAGCCAGGUUGAUUUUUUAUGAGAAUCUGUUGACUGGGCGAGAAACAAGUGUCCAUUGUCCGCAUUAACGGGUGUCCGUAUUAAGCGGGUUGAAUUGAGAGAAAAUGUAAGGGUUACCCCAGGGACAAAGAUAAGUCUUCGUAAUAACGAAGUGUCCGUAUUAGGCGGGUGUUCGUAAUGCGGCGUUCGACUGUAGCUAUAAUAUCCUUUGUUCCCAUUAUAAUAAAUAGUGAUAUUUUGGGGGAAACUAGUUUCUUAUCACUCUUAGGGGUUUAAGGUUAAUGAACCUUUGGAGUUCUUGGCAUGUGUGUCUUGCAAUACCGACUCAAAUAGUGCGGCCAUCAGUGGCCAAACCCUAUAUAUAAUAAGUUCCCCCAGAGCGAGUGCAUGUACCCUUAAGUCACGUCACAAUGCAUUAUUCGCCAUGCAGUUGUCACUUAUGAACUGCUGUGACGUCACAGCCAUGUGAAAAGAUCGUUUCUUGCUAAGAGCGAUUAUUUCGGAUAAAGUUUUUAAAAUGUAGAAAAUUUUUCCAUUUGAUACGCCUUUUAAAAUAUCUUCUGUAGUCUCAAAUACGGCAUCUAUUAUCGGAGAAUAUUGUUCAGUACUGGUCUUAUACGUUGCUCAUAAGUCAUAGUAAGAACAUUAUUGUAGACUUUGACGCUCACCAUUUGACUUUUGAUUUGGUUUGGGUAAAUUUUCUUUCCCAAACCUCAGCUGGUGAUAGAAUUUUUUCCUGACAUAAAACGGAGUAAGAAUUUUUUUUCACUAUUAUAGGAAUUUGUUUUCGUCAGGUAUAUAUCCUUGCAACAAUUUUUUUUCCCUCGAAAUCAGUCUGCAGAAUUUUUUUUUUUCUGAAAUCACCCAUACCCCCCUCCCCCCAAAGCCCUUGACUAAGUAUUUAUUCUAUCUGCCCAGGCUAUUUCGUGCCUAUCUAAGUAGAGCACUAUAAUUAAAGUCCAAGCUCCUUACUGCAUGCGUUAUUCGUAAUGAUGAGUAAAAGAUGAUAUUCCUAAAUUAAAUUUAACCGUAAAUUAGAAUUUGACCGGCAUUGUGCAUGUCUUUCAGUAACGAAAAAUAAAAAGGAAAAAAGUGUGAUGAGUUCUGACAGGUUUCUUUACUUAUUAGCUUUAAUGUGACCGCAGUACUCUUUGACAUCUCUUUCACUACUUGGAGUAAAUAAGCCUUUUUGGUUACAGUAUUAGUCUUACUUGUAUCCUUACGCCUCACCCACACGUACCUAUUCGAAUUUUUUUUUGAAAACAAAUAUUUUUUUCUCAUUUUCCGAAAAAUUUGUGUCUAUACACCGUAUUCGAAUCGUUUUCGCACGUCCACUACUCGAAAACGCUGAUGAAACAAUGGAAAUAUGAUAGCAUCCCUUACAAGCAAUGCGCCGUAUGACUAGUAUGACAUCAGUCGUACUCAAAAACUGUAAGCCAGUGUUUAAAAAAAACUCUAAAUUUUGGGAAAAAUUUAGAAAACCUGCGUUUUUGGUACCUGAAAACGCCGUUUAAGUGUAGUUGGAAGGCUAAAAUGGAAGAAAAACAUGUUCGUUUUUAAAACUUUCUGGAUACGUGUGGACCGGGCCCAGUAGUAUAACUGUUCGUUACGGAGUUCUCGGAAUAAGCUCAGCGUGCUUCGGCGUGCUGCAAAUUCAGUACCGUGAUACAAAGCGAGCGGGUGGUGGCAGAAUGGCCAUGGCAUGGGGAUCAUGGGAUUGCGAUUGCGAAUUGAGGGGGACUUAUCUUUUUGCAAAUCAAGGCCUGAUUCCGAGGUGGUAGUAUAGUUAUCCGGUAUAAGUGAUGUGUUUGUGUUAGAAUAAAUAGUAACACACAACAUAGUUUAUAUCCACUGUGAGCUUUCAAAACAGCAAUUGCUUUAUUCGUGCCAGAGUGCUAAUGGAAAAUGACUUGUAUUCGCAAACUGAAAGGAGUGCAUAUUAAAAAAUUAAUUUCUACUAGAUCAAAGAAUAUAAGGAGACUAACAGCAACAAGUAAAAUUUGCUAGGAAAGUACUCUGUUGGACUUACUUUAUUUACCACAAGUACGUUAUUUUAUUUAUUUAUUUAUUAUUUAUGCUGUUUUAAAAGCCGUUACAUGACAUGUGCGGUUUAAUUAAGAUUCAGCUGACGCAGACUAAUAUCGCGGUCAACUUACGUUGUAUUUCAUUCACUAAAAAGUUCUCUUUCCUAUGUAGAGCACAAUUCAGUAGGGAUAAAAAUGAGUAUGAGCCAUAAAAAACUGGUUUCUUUUUUACAUAAUUACUUCUUACCUACUCGAGCCAUUCUUUGUAAAAGUGCAGCUAAUGGAUAUGUUCUAGUUAUUUAAAUUUUCUAUUAAACGUGAAAGUGGUCAGCAAUUUGUUGCUCCUCAUAUUUUAAAUGUCUAAUUAACAAAGCAAGAAGUUGAUUUCAUUGGCUGUUGGAUAUAGCGUACACUUUUCGUUCCGGAAGAAUUAAAAAUGCUUCAAAACUGAAACUAAUGGAAAAUACAUUUGUUGCUAUGUCAUUAAUACCUGAUUCCGAUUCAACAUCGCCUCACAUUGAAAAAAAUCUUUUUGCGUAUGAAUAGGAAAGCCAUCUUCUAUUGAAAGCAAGCAGUACAUUCUUAAGCCAUAACGCUUCAUUACUGUUUUGAAUCCAAGUUCUACUAGGCUUCUGGUGUAUUCAGCAUUGAAAACGCAGUGAGUUUGAGUUUUUUUCUUCUUUGAGUUCAUAGUUUCUUUUAAUAUUUGUUAUAAGUAGACUAAAUAUCUUGAUUUGACUUUAUUUUUUUGUUUGCUUUCGGGUCGUCAUUCUCCAUUUUCUUUGUUAUUUUAAGACGGGAAGUUAAUGCAACUUGGACCGCUCCCCGACAUUUGCCGAAAGAUUACUUCGUCAUGGCGCAUAUCAGCUCUCAAGAUAACACGUCCGAAGGUAAGCCUUUAGGCUAGGAAAUCCAUAAUAUACUACGGCUAAUACAAUAGCUUUGAAAUGGAAUAAAAAGCAAUAAAUGUAUAGAUUAAAAAUGAAAUCUGAAGAACAUAUCAAAAAAGACUCCUAAGAUUAGUCCAAUCAACUAAAAGAUUAGAUUGCACCUCGGAUAUAAGGGCUAUAUUUUGUAGAGGAGGAGUGUUACAGAAUUGAUGAAAAUUGAAAAAUCUGUUUAAGAAAAGUAAACAGCACAGACAGUAGGAAUGAAUAAUUCUUUGACAAGUAUAUUUUCUUAUUCUAUCACCAAAGCUGCUGAACGGCAUGAAUUUUACGAAGGCUCUUUUGAUCCGAAAGCAGAUGUCCUUCCGAUCUUCCUGGCUGUGUUGAUCGUGUUAGUCAACGGGUUGGUUCUGGUGCUAAUGGCACGAAAGAAAUACCUUCGAUCGAUCACCAAUUUGUUGCUUUGCAGCCUGGCAGUUUCUGACCUCUUAACAGGCCUGGUUUCGGUGCCUCUUUUUAUCACGUGUAACAUCGUUCGCCAAUCAGUGAUUUGCAUCAUUCAAGAUCAGAUGUCUCGUUUUAUUUCGUCGUCGAUCGUAUGUCACCUGCUGUCUGUUACGACUGACAGGUAAAAUUAAAAUUUCUGCCAAAUAAUCAUUUGUCUUCCAAAAAUGGCGAAAAAAAUGAGGACAAAACUUGAGAUUUUAUCCUUGUCUUGAGAAAUUAAAAAAAAAACUUAUAACAAUAAUAAAUAUACAGCUAGAACCAUUCAGGUCCCGUCAACAACGGAACACUCUUACGGAGAAAGGGAGAGAGAAGGGUGGGGGGGGGGGGGGGGGAAAAAUAAAAAAAAAGAAAAACAAAAAAAAAGAGAGAAAAAAAAUAAAAAAAAAAUAAAACAAAAAAAAAAAAAAAAAAAAAAAAAAAAGAAAAGACAGAUCGCCCGCGCGGGCGAGGAGCGACCGGGGGAGGGGGGGGGGGGGGGGGGGGGGGGGGGGGGGGGGGGGGGGGGGGGGGGGGGGAGUGUAAAAUGAACGCACCGUUAGCCUCAGGUUUGCUAGUCAGAUAACCAUUUCGAGCCACACCGAAGUAAAAUAAAUUAAGACUCUUUACCUUUACCUUUUCUGCUACCGGUUGUGCUACUGAAGAGGAUUCAUCAUAGGAUUUCGUCGAUAGGCGUAAAUGUUACAAGAAAUAGCAACUUGUAUAAGUACUACUGAAGAAUUUAGUUUGGAAUUAUAGUAACCACUAGGAUUUUAUCAGUCUGCAGGCCCACCAACCUCGUCCCCAGGGCUUUUCCAUCAAAAAAUGGGUGGGGCGGGAAAAGGCCCUGGCAUCGGCUGGUCACAUGUCCCCUCGUACACCCUAAAAUCCUGGGUGUAAUAAAUUAGCGCUAUGUGAAAAGCUACAAUUAUGCGUAACCUCACAGCGCGCGAUCUUGGCCCGGAUCUUGGGCGACCUUUUAUAUCUCUUGACGAUAAACGAAAAGUUUUACAAAAAAAAUGCACUUAAUUUGAGUGUCAAUGUAUUUAGCACGAAAGUGCUAAUUGGGGACACUAUAUUUUUACGUCUCCUAGUAGAGACGGGACCGCCAUUUUACGUGAUCAUCCGAGCCACGCGAAGGUCCAGCCGCCUGCAGGGCAAAGGGAGUACCUUCAUUUCUCAGUUAUUUUAAGACCCUGAGUAUUGGUCCGGCCCCGGGAAUCGAACCCGCGACCUCCCGCUCUGCAGUCAAGCGCUCUACCGACUGAGCUAAUCCUGCCGCGGUUAACUUCUUUACAAGAUUUCCUCUUUGUCACAGAUACUGGCUAUGGUAAAUUUUUUGCUUUCCUCCGAUUUCUCUGAAGGGGACAGCGAGUAACAUUUGUAAAACUUCUGUUUAUAGAGCGGUAUAAAUGACAAACUGUACAUGCAUAAAGGCUGUACUGGAAAAGUCCGCUUUCUCGACUCUUCUGAUAUUUUCAGUAUUUCAUUUCUUGCCCGCCCCACCCAUUUUUUGAGGGAAAAGCCCACCUAACGUUUAAGUAGUUAGUUUGUGAAUUCCACUUGUCUUACUUCUUUUAGAUAUAUGGCCAUAAUAUAUCCUCUCCAUUACACAACUUUCGUUACACGACCCAGGUGCAUCCUGGUUAUCCUGCUCAUUUGGCUGUUGUCAGAGGUUACUGCUUUAGUACAGCUCGCUUGGCUCGACCCAUUCCACCACAAUCUGGAUGAAGAACCAACUGACUACGUCAUGACAGCCGAACUUAUUUACGACAUUGUGUUUCUCGUGUUGUUUUUUGGACUUCCAUUUAUCUUCAUGAGCUUUACAUACAUUUGUAUUUUCACUGAAAUCAUUAGACAGGGCCAAAACAUUCAGAAACAAUGCGUGCCGUGUUUGAAUAACAAGCGGAAACAAAGACGUCAUGAAAGAAAAGCGGUCCUAAUUUUUGCCGCCAUGUUGUGUGUGUACAUAAUCUGUUGGCUUCCUUAUUUUGCACUUCGGAGGGUAGAUUACUCAGAAAUUCCCUUACCCUUGGUAUAUGUGAUCUAUUGGUUUAGGUUCCUUGCAUCGCUGCUGAAUCCUUGUAUGUAUAUUCUGGGUAAACAAGACUUUCGUAAAUCUCUUUUUCAUUGUAAAGAUAACCCGCUAGUGAAUAGUCAUACCUCCACGGCAAAGCCAACAGUUCCAAGGAGGUCCAGGGCAACUUCUCAAGGAGAAAAUUACUUGAUAGCUAUGCAACCUUUAUCGGGUGUCUUGAUCUAG